AUGGCUUGGGCAACUACAAAAGACAAUUGCGAAAUUUACUAUGAAGAUAAAGGUGCCGGUCCGGUAUUAGUUUUUGUUUCUGGAUUUAUGGGGAUUGCCGAUAUAUGGCAUAACCAAACAAAGGAACUUCUUGAUUAUCGCUGUAUCGAACACGACAACCGAGGAUACGGUCGUUCAAGUAAACCCGAAUCUCCAGACUCAUACAGUAUUGAACAGCAUGCAGAAGAUUUAAAAUCUGUUCUUGAUGAUGCCAAGGUCAACGGACCGGUAGUUCUUGUUACCCACUCAAUUGGAUCAGCUAUCGGUACUGCUUUUACAUUAGCGCAUCCUGAUAUGGUAGCUGGUAUCGUCUAUACCGCUGGAAAUGCUUACGGCAACCAAUUCGUUAAAGCUGGUGUAACUGAAAAAGCGUUAGUAGAAGGUGUUUCAGGUCCAUCCGCAAGUUAUAGAUUCUUCAAAAACUUUGGACUAAACGAAGAAAUUGCAGUGGAAGCUUCAAAAUGGCCAUUACACGGUUUUAAAGGUAAUGCAAAAGCACUUAUUAACUACAAUCCGGGUAAAAAAGAAUAUUCUACAAUUAGUGUUCCCGUUUUGAUUAUUCAUGGCGACAAAGAUAUCGUUAGUCGCUUGGAUCCAUUUGCUACAGAAUUAAAAGAGCUCAUUCCUAAUGCUAAGCUUGAAGUACUGAAUGGCGUAAAUCAUUUCCCUCAAGCAGAUGAAGUCACUUCUCUUAUCAAAGAACAUUUACAGUUUUGUUUUUGA